AUGAAGCUCCAAUCGUUCCUCGCGGCCGCAGCUCUGCUUGCACCCUUCGCCCUCGCCGCGCCCCAGCCGGCCACCGGUGACGGUCUUCAAGACCGCAGCUUCUUUCACCACUCCGACGAUGAGGUGAACGGCAAAUCGCUCGACGAAUGCCUAGUCAUAUGCGGCGGAAACUCAAGAUGCCUUCAGGAUUGCCAGGACGAUUCUAUGUUUAAAGAUCCGUAA